UUUCAGUACUUGGGUGGGAGCGCGUGGAGAUAGCAAUUUGCGAUAUGUAGCAAAUCCUUAAAUUGCAGUCCCAUUCGUCUGGCUUCUCCCAUUAGCAAAUCUGUAUCCGUCUGAAUUUCACUUCUCGUAUUUCUUUUUUGAUCUUGAACUGAUUGACGUUCUUUGGCGUAACGAUAUUGCUGCUGAAAAAGGUGCGAGACAGCUGCAGCCAGCUGAUCAGUACGAGCUCGAUCUGCAGUUGCUCACUGAAAAGAGCAUUCAUGCUGUGAGUUCUGAGGAUCUAGCUGAGUUGUUGGAGGACGUGUCUAAGGAAGGAGGCCAGCUUGAUAGACUCACAUGUGUGAAUAACGUCAGUCUCUCGGAGGGUAUCGUAUUCACAGCACAAAACAGUUGGAUGCUUAUACAUACGAUCGAUGGUCAUAUUUGGUGGUACUCAUUCUUUGUUUGGUGCACGCUACUCAUUCCACUGGUACUCAAUAUACCAUUUGCUUCCAGAUCAAAUGGUGAUAAUGCUAUUACUGCCACUGCUGGUCUACCAAGUGUGCCACGACGUCGUGGACGUCAGUCGAAGGACGAACAGCUGGCUGCUGCUAACCGUCUACCGCUGUCGGCUCGUGAAAUAUCCGAGAUGACUCUCGGAGAGCUUCACAAGGUGCUGAAAAACGAGAGCCUUACGGAGCAUCAAAAGCAGCUCAUUCGCAAGAUUCGCAGGCGAGGAAAGAACAAGGUGGCUGCACGUACAUGCCGUGAACGUCGCGGUGAACGCCAGCGAUCCACGAAUGCAGUGGAAACAUCGUGGAAUGUACCGGUGAGUGCUGUGCUGAGCUUAGAUCAACUUGUUCCCACUUUGUGA